UUAUCCUGUGCCCUUAGACACACCCAUCACUAGUUUUCCUCUGCGGGAACAUCGUCACAGAAAUUUAGUUGCUUCAGGCUUUCGAAGCAUCUAACAUCUUAACCUGUUGUGCUUCAGUUGACAUCUUAACUAUUACCUCUAAAACUUCUACGUGAAGUGGUUGGAGUAAAAGGUGUAUUGUUAAUUCAGUGCUCUCCGCGAACAGUCGAACAUUUUGAUCCUUCGAGCCGAAUCACGUGCGCUACUAUCGAGUGAAACGGUGUACACACCAGUGACAUCUAUAACCAUACAUCGCAUCACUAUCGGUUCCAACAGCGAGUUCCAACAAUUCCAGUUUAAUCUCGCAACAACUAGAGGAUCAACUUCGGGGAGAAAACACCUUUAUCGCGAAGCACACCCACACAGCAGUCAGCGGUGCAGUGACGAGCAACCUCUGCUACCACCACGAACAUGUCUAAGGCGGAACAGAUCAGAUUGUUGAGUCGGAAACGAAGUUUCCUACUUAAUCGACUCGUGUUAACAUCGAAACAAAUGUACAAAUAUCUAAAGUCCCGCCAGAAGAACAAAGCACUCUUGAUGUCAUACCGCAAAACUGUCGACCAAGUGUGGGACAGGUUCAACGUCGUCCAAGAAGAAUUAGAGUUACUUGACGAGAAAGAAAACUUGCACCUGGAAACCAUCUUAGACUUUUAUCACACCCUGGACACAGAAUUAAUGGAACUCAUUGAUAGCGCACAAUCAUCACCAACUGCAACGUCUGUAAGCGUCGGAUCAGCGGACUGUCCACAACAAAUUUGUUUAUAUCACUUCUCCGCAAUUCAAAACUAUCCUAAACUGACCAAAGAAACACCGGAAACGUUAACGAAUUUAAUCGGCGCUAUGAAACAACAUCUUCGGGCAUUCAAGAACUUAGGUGACCAAGCCACGUCAAACACAAUUAUCGUCGGCCUAUUAUUGUCCAAAUUAAACGCAGAUACCAUACAAGAAUGGCAGCUCACUAUAGCCAACAAGAAAAUGCCUCCGUAUACUCACUUAUUAGAUUUCCUCGAACAAAAGGUAAAUUGUGCCAUAACGACAUCCGUCGCUACUCCGGCAAAACGAUCACCAAAACGACGCAAGUCUUUCCGAAUAGGCUGUCCACGAAGGAACACAUUCACCGCUACGCACUUUCCGUGUCCAAUCUGCCAAGGAUCGCACCGAAUUUGGACUUGCGACAUCUUCAAGGCGAAAUCGGUAAAUGAACGUUUCACAGUCGUCAAAGAAAUAUCCGUGUGCAUCAAUUGCCUGAGAGAGGGACACUCGAUUUACCUUUGUACUGCCGGAUCAUGUCGCGUGUGUGGACUUCGUCACCACACGCUUCUGCAUCGGGACGCACCUGAAGUGAACAAUCAGCCGAGCACAACCGACCGAACACCUAGUCAGGCGCCGACGCUACCUUUGGAAUCCUCUCCGACGGAUCUUUUAACAUUUUCUCCGACGGAUCCUCCGACAUCCUCUCCGACGGAUCUUCCGACAUCCUCUCCGACGGAUCCUCCGACAUCCUCUCCGACGGAUCCUCCGACAUCCUCUCCGACGGAUCCUCCGACAUCCUCUCCGACGGAUCCUCCGACAUCCUCUCCGACGGAUCUUCCGGCGGAUCCUCCGACAUCCUCUACGAAAGAUCCUUUAACAUCCUUUCCGACGGAUCCUUUGACGCCUCUUUCGCCACCUCGUCCGAUGCCUCCUUUGUCAUCUUGGAUACUUCCUUGCACACCUCCUUCGACACCUCCUUCGGCAUCUCCUUCAACACCUCCUUUGUCAUCAUCUUCGCCUUCUACAGCUCGCCAUUUAACAACCACUUCGACAUGUCCUUUAAAACCCUCUUUGAUAUAUCCUCAGCCACCACUUUCGGAAAUUCCUUGUCCACCCUUUCCGACAAAUCCUUGGCCACCUCGUACGCCACUUCGACCGACAAUUCCUUUGUCACCUUGGACAACUUCUUGGAUAAUUCCUCGCAGACCUCCUUCGUCAUUCUCAUCGUCAGCCUCUUCGUCACCCUGUCCGUCACCCUGUCCGUCACCCUGUCCGUCACCCUGUCCGUCACCCUGUCCGUCAUCCUCUUCAUUAUCCUCCUCGCCCACUUCUCCAAAACAUUUUUCGACAAUCCCUUCGAUAUAUACUUGUCCACAGUUUUCGAAACAUUCUUCCCUACCUCGUUCGCCAUAUCGCUCGCCACCUCGUUCGCCACCUCGUCUGACACCUCGUCCGCCACCUCGUUCGCCACCUCGUCCGACACCUCCUUUGCGACCUUGCGGACUUCAUUGGAUAAUUUCUAACACACCUUCUUGCACAUCUUCUUGCACACCUCCUUGCACACCUCCUUGCAGACAUCCUUGCACACAUCCUUGCACACAUCCUUGCACACAUCCUUGCACACUUCCUUGCACACUUCCUUGCAUACCUCCAACACGUCCUUGCAUACCUCCAACACGUCCUUGCAUACCUCCAACACGUCCUUGCAUACCUCCAACACGUCCUUGCAUACCUCCAACACGUCCUUGCAUACUUCCAACACGUCCUUGCAUACCUCCAACACGUCCUUGCAUACCUCCAACACGUCCUUGCAUACCUCCAACACGUCCUUGCAUACCUACUACACGUCCUUCGAGACCCUUUUCCAUAUGUUCGUCGACGUCCUCUUCGACGAUCUCCUCCGCGCCCUCUUUACAGACAAUGAUAUUACAAAGCGUUAGAAAUUGUUGCACAGACUUCACAGUCAAGAAUGCCGUAUCGGAGAAUCAUUGUCUGGGACAGAAUGUGAAGACACCAUCUCUGCCGUCCGCGGGAUCGACAUCUGCGAUUGGUCCGAAUUAGAAUCUCAAGCCAAAACGAAGAUGACGCUGAUAACGAACUCGCAACACUAUCAAGGUUGUGAUAUUUCGUUAUCGAAGGCCUGCUGAAGGAUUAUGAACUAUGGGAUUAUGAAGGAUUAUGAAGCUAUAGGACUACGGAGAUGUUUGGAACACUACCGAGCAGUCGAACCAUUCCAUCUAACCCUCUCAACAACAAACACGCCAGGAAGAACGAAGCUGUUAAGAAAUGUUAAGUUGAUAUGACCACUAGUUACUAAAAGCUAGGUUAGUACAUCUCCCAACGACGCUCCUUUGCUUAGGAGUCGACCACGCGUUAAUUGCUAAGACGUAUCCUGUAUGAUUAGGCGUUUUGUAUAAGGAACAAAAUAAAAGCUGUGAUAAUCAA